AUGGUGUCUGAACUCCGUGGAAAGGCCUUGAUUGCCGUUAUCCUGGCUGCUUCUGGACUGGAUUUUCUGUUGUUUGGAUAUGACCAAGGACUCUUCGGUGGCAUCUUAGGAGGCUCUCGCUUCAAGGCAAUGCUCGGCGAGCCUGGGCCCACCAUGACUGGUCUUGUCACUGGAAUGUACGACAUUGGAUGCGCUAUCGGUGCUGUCGCUGCUUUCGUCUGGGGUGAGAAUCUCGGUCGGAAGAAGUCUAUCAUUCUCGCGAACGUCAUCGUCAUCGUUGGAGCUGCUAUUCAGACGGCUUGCUAUUCGUACGCACAGAUGGCUGUGGCUCGAGUCAUCGCUGGCGUUGGAGUUGGUCUCUCCACGGUCUCAGUGCCAAUUUUGCAGUCCGAGACGUUGCCAUCCCACAAUCGCGGGGCCCUGCUGGUCGUCCAGUCGGCCCUGAUCAUCAUCGGCGUCGCCAUCGCAUCCUGGCUCUGCUUCGCCACACUCUACGCCAACUCCUCCUUACAAUGGAGAUUCCCGAUUGCCUGCCAGAUUGUCUUCUCGAUGCUCGUCCUUUGCUGCUGCCCCUUCUUACCCGAGACACCUCGCUGGCUAGCUAAGCAUGGUCGAGAUGACGAAGCUCGCCACACUAUAACACGUCUCCUGAACAAGUCGGAGGAUGACCCAGAAGUUAAAGGCCAACUCAAUGAGAUCUUGGAGACGAUCGCAGCAGAGAGCGGAGAUGGCGAGCCGACAUGGUCAGAAGUCUUUAGCAAUGCGACCAAGUCCCGGAAUCUGCAGCGUGUGUUGCUGGGUAUGGGACCUUACAUGAUGAAUCAAUGGUCCGGAAUCAACGCCCUCUGCUACUACCUGGCCUACAUCCUCGAAACCUACCUGAACUUCUCCUCAUCCAUGUCUCUCAUCCUCGCUUCAGUAGCGUUCACUCAAUACGCCGUAUUUUCCUGGCCGCCGUAUUUCUACAUCGACCGGAUCGGACGACGCUGGACAGUGAUCUACUCGUCUAUUGGCUGUGCUGUCUGCAUGGCCGUUAUAGCCGGAUGUCUGCUUAGCAGCUCUUACAGCACAGCCGCCGUAGCGGUCGCCUUCAUGUUCCUGUAUCUGGACUGCUUCACGCUAGGGAUCUUGCCGGUGAGCUGGAGCUACAGUGCUGAGAUACAGCCAUUGAGAGUCAGGAAUAAGGCAACUGCGGUGGGAGUUUUCAGCCACUGGAUGAGCAACUUCGUCGUCGUCAUGGUCACCCCCAUCGGUCUUGACAACAUCUCCGGAAACUACUUCUGGAUCUGGGCGAUUGUCUGUGCCUCUUUCGUGCCAUUGACAUACUUCUUCGGCGUAGAAACGAGCGGGAGGACGUUGGAGCAGAUUGAUAGUAUGUUCUUCGAGGAGCCCAGGGUGUGUAUGGGCCUUAGUAAGAACCAUACCAAAGUGAUCCGGGCUACUGCUGCGGACGAGGAGAAUCGUUAUAAGGCUUUUGCAAAGUUGGAUGAAAAGGAGGCCGUUGAGAAGAUUGAGGAGGUCGAAGCCAAGAGCUGA